AUGGAUGGGCAGAACAACGCGCAGGCAGGCGGCAAGGCCAGUCAACCGGGCGGUAGUGGCGAGCGGCGGGAAGUGCCGAACCGGCAGUUCUUCCUGCAGGUGGCGAACGCGUCGACGGCCAUGCAGGUGGUGGCCGGCGAGAUCUCCGCGCUCUGCCGCCUCGCCGCCGACGGGGUGGCCAUAUCGGCGAUCAGUCCGCUGUUCAACACCUUCGCCGCCUAUCCCAGCUUCGACCCGCUUCACUUCAAGGCCGCAGCUCUCGCAGUUGCCGCCGCCGCCUCUUCGCUCCCCGGGGCCGGACCGCCCGCCGCAACUACCGCGACUGGUGCUGCUGCGAAAGCGGUUGCGGGGCCGAGCGGCGGGAAGGAGGAGAAGGCGAAGAAGGAGAAGCGGCCGCUGUCCGCCGUGCAGAUGGCGAUGACGCAGUUCCUCUCCGAAGAGCGCGACCGCCUCCUCGCGCAGGGCGCCGCCUCCACCCCCGGCGAGGCGUACCAGAUGGCGAGGCGGCGGUGGAACGAGAUGCGCGAGGCGAACGGGCAGGGGAAGAAGAAGGGCAAGGGGAAGAAGCAGGGUGAGGAUCACGAGGAGCGCGAGGAAGGCGAGGAGCGCGAGGAAGGCGAGGAAAGGGAGGAAGGUGAGGAAGUUGAGGAGGUGCCGACUCAGCUGGGCGAUGCGGUGAUGGAGGAUGGGGAGGAGAAGGAGGAGGAGGAGGAGGAGAAGGAGGAGAAGGAGGAGAACGAGGAGAAGGAGGAGAAGGAGGAGAAGGAGGAGGAGGAGAAGGAGGAGAAGGAGGAGAAGAAGGAGAAGGAGAAGGAGAAGAAGGAGAAGGAGGAGGAGGAAAAGGCGAAAGAGGCGAAGAAAAAGGAUGAGAAGAAGGAUAAGAGCAAGGGCAAGGGGCGUGGAGAGGAGGAAGCAACGGGGAAGAAGUCGGGCAAGGGGAAGGAUAAGGUGGCGGAGGACGACGGCCCCGCGGGUGGCGGCAGCAGCGCGGGUGGCGGCAGCAGCGCGGGGAAGAGGCGCAAGAGGAAGCAGGGUGACGAGCACGUGGCUGCUUCGCCUGCUACCGCGCCAGGGCCCUCUGCUGCUGCCGCUGCUGCUUCUCCCGCUGCUGCCCGUUCUCCUGCGGGUACUCCUGCCCGCACUCCUGCUGCUGGCACUCCGGGCGGUGAGGCGAAGGCAGGCAGCUCAGGCAAGCAAGCGAAGAAGAAGAAGAAGGCGCAGGCAGGGGCAACGCCGGACAAGGCUAAGUGA